UUCCGAGACAAAAACAUUUAUCAUCGACGUUUUUUCGUUGAGUCUACAAAAUCAAGAUCGAGAGUCUCCGCUAUGACUGGAUUUUGGAUUUAUAAAGAUAGCAUAUUAGUUUCGAUAGAUAUAUCGUAAGUGGAAGAAGUGGUAAAGUACGGUGGGAGAUUUCUUGUUCAUGUAGAGUUUUUACGCCCACAAAGGCCCAAUACAUGUAAUCCAUCCAUAAGUAGCAAAGGUCAAUGCGGCAUCUCGUAAGCUGAAUAUUAACAAAUAAUUUGUAAUAAUUUCAUGUUAAACUAACAAACGGUACGUUUGUACGAGUAUUUAUUCGAAUAAUAGCUUUCAUUCGUAUAAUAUUAUAAAAUUCUAAAGAUUUCUUUGUUAAAAUGGCAGGUGCAAUACGGAUAAGGUAUACGUACAUAAGCAGAUAUUUAUUAUUCGUUAUUUGGAGUGUCGUAUUUAGUAACCUUAAAGGCGUUAAUAUUCAGCUAGAGGCCGCAAGCACCCAAAAAAUCAGUGUUUUCCAUUCGUAGCACUAGUCAAUUUAACAUCUCAGUGUACAAAAGUUAAGGUAAAUGUUUCGUAAUAUCAUUCCUUCUCUAGGAUCCUUUAGCGUAGUGUUUGUUCAUUUUCAGACACAUUUAGUGCAUACGAUAAUAUCCAUGACCCACUUUUGUGUUUCGCGUAUGAUUACUUCCAUAAUCUUGACCAUUUCGCAUAAUUAGCAAUAGUUAGUUAAUUAGUUAUACGCAUCAAAGACACUGGUAUGCCGCCUAAGAAUUAAGUUUCAGUCUGUCUAAUAUUUAGCGUAGCCAAAAGCGCUUGCGACUAUAUACCAUUUUUUGUUCCACUAACAGUAAACUUUAAUGAUUUCAAACGAGAGUAAAAGCAGAGCAACGCGCUUUUCAAAUCAUUCAUAUUUCCGCGUUACGAUAUUUACGUUUUAAAUUGUAGGUAUUUAAAACACGAUCGGAUAGUCAAUUAUAACCGUGUCAUUAAAUAUAUCCGUUGCCAAAUAGCCUUUUGAAAAUGUUAUGCCUCGUUAACAAGAUUCAGAGUAUAAGCUCGAAGACGUGGGUCAGUUCCCAAAAUGAUGAAAAAAAAUAACAAUGUAGCUGAUUUGAGUGCCUCUAUUUUAUGCAAAUAUAUGCAUUUCGUAUUUUUCUGGACACAAACGAUUUUUUGGCUAAUAUUCGCCAUGUUAUCUUCUGGCUUAUGCUUCUCUUCGGUGUUAUCGAUGGCUACGUGUCGUACGGACGACACAGGUAAAAAUCACAUUCGUUCAAAGGCGGUAUUAUAUUUGAAUAAUGUCGAUAGAAAGAGAAAUAAAUCGCGUCUUGUUCCAGUGAAAUUUCAUAUCACAGAAUGCAGUAUUUUUUUAACGAGUAAGCCUUUAAAACAGACAACCCACGAUCUGAUUUUUCUAUGUUUAAAUAUCGGACAAUAUAUGUAUAUUGUAUGUACAUGUAUUCGUGUAUUUCCAUAUAAGUGAAUAAUUACGACAUUAAUGACACUUUAUAAAUAUGGCGACAAAAAAGGUAUACGUGUAAUUUGUUAGCGAGUAUCUCUGAAAAACAACUCGAUGGAGAACAAUCAAAUUUAAAUACUUGAAUCGUUUAGUUAUGAUAUUUUGCCUCGAUACAAUAAGAAGCAGUUGUUUUAUGAUGCUUAUAUACGGAUUCUGAAAUACAAUUAGCAACAAGCUUCAAUUCCUGCCAAAAAAGAAUGAAAUAGCAUUGUUUAUUUGUCCCUUUAUCUGUUUUUCUUACAAAUAAUAUAGAAUGUCUAUUAUCAACCGACCAAUCAUUAUCGUAGAAUAUUUACCAUAAGCAACAAAAAUGUCCCUAGUAUUUGCCGCGUAAAUUCCGUUAUGACAGUUAUGGCGUUGACGAAAGAAGUUAGCAGAAUGUAAAUAUUCUUCUGUGAAAAUUUAAUAAUUUCAUUGUAACUAAUUAUCAGAGUUCGUGUAUUCCUUUUCUACUUAUAAGUAAACAUGAGUCAAGAUAAUUGUUCAGUGAUAUGUUCGGUAACAAUGGAAUGGAUCGACUCGCGAGGUUCGAUCCUGAAGAAAGUAAAUCAUCGAACUGCGAGUUUGCGUUUAAUUCGAAACAAUCCUCGUGAAAUAUUUAUCGAAAUAGUUCCAGAAAAAUCGAAUCUCACGACGAAACUUUUAUUAAAAUCUGUAUAUGUUUUCAACAAAUUCAUGAACGAAGGAAAAGCUUCUAUAAAAUUCAACGAGGAAAACUGUACGUUAUUUCUGUCGAAUGCACCAACGGUUCAAUUGAUUAAUUUCCUAAAGACAAUAUAUGUAAAGAUCACAGGUCAGUCGCCAGACGUGAAAAAAAAUCCAUUGAAGGAAAGAUUUGCUAAUAAACAGUCGAAUACUUAUCAAGAUGUUAGUCCCAUCACGAGUACUGACGUGAAAAAGAUAAAAGCAAAAAUUUCUAACAAGCGAAAACACUCGGAUACAGACGGGUCUAAACUUGCAUGCGCGAAGAAACUUUACGACAAUUCAACCGAACAAUUAACGGAGGAACAACAGAGAAUUUUAGAUGCAGUGCUUAGCGGGAAAAAUGUAUUUUUUACCGGAGGCGCAGGUACCGGAAAAUCGUUUUUAUUGAAGAAGAUAAUCGGGGCUCUUCCACCUGAUGUUACCAUGGCUACAGCAAGUACUGGCGUAGCAGCAUGUCAUAUAGGUGGAAUAACUUUACAUCAAUUUGCUGGAAUCGGAUUGGGAACAGCAAAUUUAGAUAGAUGCUACCAAAUGGCUUCACGCAAUUCUGCUACUAUGUGGAGAAAAACAAAAUACUUAAUAAUGGAUGAAAUUUCUAUGAUAGACGCAGAUUACUUUGAUAAAAUUGAAGCUGUUGCCAGACAUCUUCGUAAAAAUGAAAGACCAUUUGGUGGAAUUCAAUUGAUUUUGUGCGGAGACUUUUUUCAAUUACCUCCUAUUUCGACAAAAGACAGAAAAGCAAAAUUUUGUUUUCAAAGUAACGUGUGGGACAAAUGUGUCCACCUUAAUUUUGAAUUACGAACUGUUCAUAGGCAAAAAGAUCCGGAAUUUGUGAGCAUCUUAAAUAAUAUCAGAAUCGGUAGAAUUACAGAUAAGAUAACGGAAACUCUUAAAGCAACAGCUAAACAAAAGAUAGAGGAUAAUGGAAUUUUAGCAACGACCCUUUGUUCUCACGUGAACGAAGCAGAGGAAAUUAAUGAAUUUCAACUGAACGAGUUAAAAGGUGAAUCCAAAGUUUACAUAGCUCAAGACUCUGAUCAAUCAAUGACAACAACAUUAAAUAAACAACUAACUGUUCCCGAUAAAUUAGUACUCAAAAUAGGUGCACAAGUGAUGCUAUUAAAAAACAUAAAUGUUUCUAAUGGUUUAGUAAAUGGAGCAAGAGGCGUAGUCCUCGAGUUCGUAGAUAAUAUGCCCUUAGUUCAGUUUAAAUCGAGUAUCCAAUAUCGUGCAAAAAUAGAAAAAUGGAGUUUAAAAACAAAUGCGGGUAGCGUAAUCGUUAGAAAACAAAUUCCAUUGAAAUUAGCAUGGGCUUUUUCCAUUCAUAAAAGUCAGGGUCUAACUUUGGAUUGCGUAGAAAUGUGCCUUGCAAGAGUGUUUAAUGCUGGGCAAUCUUAUGUAGCACUUUCUAGGGCACAAAGUUUACAAUCUUUAAGAGUUUUGGACUUUGAAAGUCAACAAGUAUGGGCUCAUCCUGAUGUCCUUGUGUUUUAUAAGAAAUUUAGACGAAAUUUGCAAGAAAUGGAAAUGAUACCUUUAGCAAAAAAGCAAAAAACAUAAUUGAAAUAUAUUCUUUAUGCGUAAAAAAAUAUUUUAAUAUUAAAAAGAAAACA